AUGUCGGAUUUACCAGAUCUAGCAGUCUCUGCUGAACUUAAGGCAUGGCUAUACAAUGCACUUGCCGACUCUAUACCCAAAGCUUUAGCGGCUUUCAGCGAGCAGACAGUUCCAGCCCCUAUGGUGACUAUUACCCAGCUGUCAGACUCCGAGGAGUCUCAUGGUUCAGACCGGGAUGAAGUUCCUCUCAAGCGCCCUUGGAAAGGCGAUAGCGCUACCGCCGGUAAAGGCAAAGCGCCUGCCAAACACCGUAGAGUUUCCCUUUCUAAACCCAGGGAGGUUGUCUCCCAACAUGAUUUUGACCCACUUGAGGGUUCAACCUCUAAUUAUAAUCUUCAGGUGGUAGAUGAAUUCUAUGCACAGGCUACAGGCCUCGACCCACAGACCCCUGGAACUCGGGCAAUACCCGAUUCCACCACAGGCAGUUUUUCCCCUCUCGCGGAGCUAUCCGAGAACAUGGAUCUGCUUCCCUACGCGGUCGCACUGCUACAGGUAAUGGACCUUACUUAUUCUCAUAUUCCUAUUGCAGGCCGGUUAACCCUUUUCCCCCAAAAGUGGUCUUAA